UUCAAAGUAUAUUGCAUUUGAUCUGAAAUAGUUAAUAUGGUUUAAAAGUUAGUAAAAGUUGGAAAAAUAAAAUAAAAACAUGGCCAUAGAAAUCACGUUCCUUAUAGUUUCGUUGAGUCUUUUGUUUUCAUCUUGUAAAAGCUCUAUGACUAACGAACCAAUUGUUGAGCUACCCUUGGGAAAAAUUCGUGGAACUCAUGCCGAAGGCUAUUACGAAUUUCAUAAUAUUCCAUUUGCAGAACCUCCAAUUGGAAAGCAUAGAUUCGAGCCACCGAUACCUUAUAAACAAAGCUGGGAUGGUAUAAGAGAUGCAACUCAACCAAUGAUACACUGCAUUAAUUUUGAACGAUACGCUGAAAUGUCUGGAACCGAAGAUUGCCUCUAUCUUCAUGUUGCGACUCCAAAUAUUACUUGCGACAGAAUGUACCCAGUGAGAGUACAAAUUCAUCGAGGAGCCUACACAAUGGGAUCACCAGACACUAUGGAAACAUCGAUACUAGUGAAGCGUGGAAUUGUCAUUGUUACAAUGGGCUAUCGUUUGGGACCAUUGGGCUUCCUAAGUACUGGAGACAAAUCGAUUUCCGGAAACAUGGGCUUAAAAGAUCAGCGACUGGCGGUCAUGUGGGUUAAGGAGAACAUUAAGACAUUCUGCGGGGAUGAUAAUAAUAUUUUACUCGCUGGAGUUUCAGCUGGUGGAGGUGCAGCGCAUAUGCAUUUAAUGCUAAAAUCCACAGAAAAAUAUGUCAACUAUGUUGCAUCACACAACGGCGUAACUAUAUGUCCAUGGGCAAUUGAGCCAAAACCGAAGGAAUUGAGCAAAGCGUAUGCCGAUUUACUCCACUGUCCAAACGACUCGGAAUCAAUGAAGGUCUGUUUGCAGGGAAAAACUGCGGCAGAACUACGGGAAUCCACUUUUGGUCUUCAAUAUUAUAAAAGUAAUCCUUUUACAGUUUUUUCACCCGUCGUCGAGUCUAUAGAUAGUGAAGAUCCUUUUAUAACCCAACACCCUGAGGAGAUAUUGCGCAAUGGACAAGCUGCUAACAUAACAUGGCUAUUGGGUUAUACUGAACGAGAAGGAUCUUUUAAUUCUGCUUCAUUUUUGGCACUCAACGAAAACGGAGUUGCCGAGAUUGAGAUUCUAAAUGAACGUUGGGAGGAAUUGGCACCAAUUUUGUUAUUUUUCAAUCAUUCCAUGGAAGAGGAGGAACGUCAUCAAUAUUCAGUUUUACUUAGAGACACUUAUAUGGGGAAGAAGAAUUUUUCGGAGGAAAACUAUAGGCUUCUAGAGGACAUGUACACUCAUGUGUUAUUCACUGAUGAUAUAAAGAGGGCUAUAUAUCUGCAUCGAAUGUUUAAUCCCGGGAAGUUAUACGUUUAUUAUUACAAAUAUCCACAUGAGUAUAGUUUAGGGAAUUUGGUUUCUACGAGAAAGGAUAUUCAUUUCGGUGCUGAUCAUACUGCAGACACUAUUUUCGUGAUACCAAAGAUUAACCUACAACAGACGGUAUUCACAGAUAGAGAUUUGAAAUUUUCGGAGAAAUUGCUUGACAUGCAUGUGAAUUGGGCAAAUACUGGUGUUUUGAGGUUUGGAGAAAAAGAUCUUCCCUUGAAUACUCCAACAGAUGAUGCAAUUCUUACUUUGAAUGAAAACUGUUAUUCGAUCGAUGGCUGUUCUGAGAUGUCGGAGGCUGGUUGUAGUUGUUAUCCAUAUGAUUAGAAUUUCUAGAUGCUAAAAGCAAUUUGUUAAAAAUUUUGGGAGUUGGAUUAGUUUUAAUUUUAAAUAAAGUUCUUGUAGGAAAAAUCCUAAAGUAAUAAUAUUAUAAUGAGGAAAGUAUCCUCAUGAGCUGUG